AUGGGCUGGUUUUGGGGUGACAACAAGAACGAUCCUGUCAAGGAGCUUGACCCUGGUCUUCGAGAGUUUCUCGAGCAGGAGACGCCCGAUAAAUAUGUGCCCGCACCAGACUUGAAGCAACCCUCACCCACGCCCACACCUGCGCACUCCCCCGACUCACAAGAAUCCGAUGAGUCUUCGAAUUCAAAGGUCCCUGCAGCAUCUCUCUAUCAGGAUGGUCGCUAUGCCGAUCUAUGGAAGACCUACAAACCACCGAGCAAUGUCGAUAGCAGUACUCCCGGAGUUCGCGGCGCGGAGCGAGUGAUUGAGAAGAACAAGGAGCGCGGGAAUACUGUGCACCGAGCAGCGAUGGAGAAUUGUGCUCUAGAACAUGAGGCCUUGACCUUCUGCUUCCAGACUGGAAACUGGAAGAAACAGAUCGAGGCCCGGUUGACUCUGUGCUCAUCGGAGAAUGCAACUUUCUCGCGAUGCUUCCAAACACAAAGCAAAUUCCUUCAAGCGCUGGGCUACGCUGCAUCCUUCGAAUACGAUGCCGAAAAGGAAGAGCGGAUUCAAAUGCAUGCCGACAAACUAUACCACCAAAUGCUGGACUACGAGAAGAGAGUGGCGGAGGCCAAGGCAGCUGGAGUUGAACCACCUCCACUCACCUCACUUUUUAAUCCUGACAAGCCACCUCAUAUCGAGGGAGUGGCUGGUACCCAGGUUGAAAUCCCCGGCGGCGAGACUCUUCCACCCGGGUUCAAGCCAUCCAAGCCGUUGCUCAAGCUCACGCCUCAUGAACGUGAACUAGAGAUUCGAUCUCAUAAUUCUCUGCUGGAACAGCAGAAGCUUUAUGCUGAAGAGGCCACUUCAUUCAUGAAUACCCAAGCGAAUGCCCGGACGAAGAGACAGGAGAAGGCCGUCAGCUGGUUUGGAGAGACGAUCGGAAAAUGGGUCUCAUAA